AUGGUUUUGUUGAUUGGCCCCGCGUUCUGUUCAGACAGUGGUUCUCAAGAUGUGAUGGACCACUAUGCUGCACUGACCCAGGAUCUACUCAGCAGACGUGUGGUCGUGUACAAAAUCCCGCCAGAACUAGUCAGUCACCAGACGGCGCCUUUUGUGUUGAAAUACCAGCUAAUUCCGAUUGAUGUGUUGGGCAUUGACGACAUAGAUCAGGUGAUGACCUUAAUUAUCCACCUGGAGGUGGUAUGGUUCCAGCCCAAUAUCACCUGGGAUCCCGCUGACCACGGCAACAUCACCCAAAUCCUCCUGGACUCAAAUCUCCUGUGGAAGCCGGACAUCAUUCUCGUGGUCGGCCACAAGGACUCCAUCUCUCUCCCCUCUCCCGACACACUCAUGGUCCAGUUCGAUGGGACUGUGACCUACCGCAUUGAUGAGUACAUCAGCUUUCGUUGUAAAAUUAACUUCGAUAAAUUCCCUUUCGACUCUCAAGUAUGCUGGUUUGGUCUGUACUACAACCCCAUGCUAAAUUCUACCAUCGUAGAGAUACAAGUAGACGAUAUGUUUAGAGAGUAUUCAAAAAACUUUCAAACCCAGCCUUACAUAAUUGCCAGCGAGUGGUCGCUGGACGGGUAUCAUUAUGACAUUCGUUCUGACUUGAAUAACUUGCAGUACCCGCGGUACCAGGUAAAGGUGACACGUCGCUACACCUUCUACCUGAUCACCGUCAUCUCCCCCAUGAUUCUGACGUCAGCGAUGAUCCUCUUCGUGUUUCUCGUCCCCCCUGAGACUGGGGAAAAGUUUUCCUACCUGGUGUCGUUGUUUACGUCUCAGGCGAUCUUCCUGAACUUCAUUUGUGACGUCAUGCCUAGAGGACUGUCCAGCAUCCCGUACCUGGCCAUUCUACUGAUGGAGGUCAUCCUGGAAGGGAUUCUGGCCAUCGCCGCCACGGCCUGGGUCAUGAAGAAAUACGCCGAGGAGAAAAAGGUCAGCAGCUUCAGCAUUUUGGGUGCCUGUACCAAGAACAACAAAGUGGCUCCAGCAGACGACCAGCCUGCCUCACGUUUGCCGGACAAGACUGAGGAUGUGACGUCACCAGAGGUCAAAGAUACGAACCCCAUCAGCGCGACCUCGACCUUCCUGACAUCCCGGAAACUGGACACAAUUUUCUUUUUCACUUUCACUUUCGCUCAAGUUCUAUUUUUAGUUGUUUUAUUCCAAGCCACUGAAUGGUUUGCUUAG